AUGAUAAAAAAAACUGAGUUUGUUAAAUCAAGUAAAGGAGAAAAAUAUUUGAAAAUGAUUAAACCUAUUUGGCAUAGUUUACCUGAAAAUGUAGCCAAAAAGGAAAAAAAGAGAUUACCAAAAGAGAUAGAAAAUGAUUUGCAAAUUGAAGAUGAAGAAAAAGAAGGAGGUGGUUUAAAAAAGUAUUCAGAAGAUCGUAUUGAUACUGGUACUGAUAAAAAGAGUUCUAUGAUCGAACGUUUUAACCGUACAUUAGGUGAUAAAUUAAAGAAAGUUCUUUAUUUAAAUAAUGUAUGGAUCUCUGAAUUGCCGAAGAUUAUUAUGACAUAUAACAAUACAUACUAUAGAACAAUAAAAAUGAAACCUGUUGAAGUUAAUAAGAAUAAUGAGAAUGAUUUACUUAAUAGUGUUUAUAAUUAUGAUAUUAGUAGUUCUAUACCUAAAUUUGUGAUAAAUGAUAGAGUUAGAUUAUCAUCAAUAGUUGAUGUAUAUAGAAAUAAAUUGAAAACAAAUUGGUCUAAGGAAAUUUUCACAGUUGAAAAAGUUUUUAAGUCAGAUGUUAAUUAUUACAAAAUUAAAGAUAUAGAAGGUACAAUUUAUGAAGAAGAAUUACAGUUAUCAUUAUUAUAA